AUGGUAUAUAAAAUCAAGUUUAAUGCUGAUGGAGGUAUCGAAAGGAAAUUGUAUGGAUACCAUCAACAAUCUCAAGCUGCUUUGGAUGCAAAAUUCAAAAUCAAGGAUCUAGGAAAGCUGAAGUAUUUUCUAGGAAUCAAGGUUGUGAGAGCAAAACGUGGGAUAUACAUAUGUCAAAGAAAAUAUGCUCUGGACAUUUUAGGAGAUUCAGGGACCAUAGGCUCAGCACCAUCUAAAAUACCUCUUGAUCAAAAUGUUAAGUUAGCCAAGGAUAAAAGGGAUUUACUUGCUGAUCCUUCUAUCUACAGGAGCUUGAUAGGGCGGUUGUUGUACCUAACUAUAACAAGACCAGAUUUAUCGUACUCAAUUCAACUAUUGAGUCAAUACAUGGACAAGCCCAAAUUGCCACAUCUUUAUGCAGCACACAAGGUCUUAAGAUAUCUUAAAAGGGAACUAGGUCAAGGCCUAUUUUAUCCCUCUAUAUCUGAUCUACAGCUGAAGGGUUAUUCAGAUUCAGAUUAG